AUGUUCUUCGUAUCCCCCUUCGGCUCGUCAACAUCUAAACCUGGUCAUGGAAACAUCACGCUCGAACUUCUUCCGCCAGAUCAGCCAGUUCUUCGUACCUUAUCCUAUCAAUAUCCACUGAAGUUAGUCGCACCCGAUCCUCUGCCUCCACCAGAUCAGAGCUCAAGUUGUUUGACGACGACAACAACAACAACAACAACGACGACGACAGAGAGUGAUCCUGUGCAAGAUGUGCAGAUACCACGGCUCAUUCACACUGUCUUCCUUCUCAACUAUGGCGGUGGCGUCGUUGCUGGAGAUACCAUAAACCUCGUCGUAAAGCUGCAGAGCAACACGCGGCUCAUUCUUUUGACCCAAGGCUCGACAAAAAUCUUCAACACGCCCUCGGCGGACUUGGUCUCCCAUCAGUACAUGACUGUCAGUCUUGAGAGGGACUCAGCAUUGGUAUACCUACCGGAUCCAGUACAGCCAUUUGCCCACAGUGCUUUCUCGCAGUGCCAGACGUAUCACCUCAAGAAGGAGCAUGGAAACCUGUGUGCCUGUGACUGGGUGACCAGUGGACGUUCGGCUAGGGGGGAGAACUGGGACAUUUACGAGUAUAAGAGCAAGAAUGAGGUUUGGACCGUGGAUGAGGGCGGAAAGAAGCGGUUGCUACUACGCGACAACCUAAUUCUGGAUGAGCACGGUCAAACAGACAUGCGACUGUCAUCACGAAUGGAUGGAUAUGCUGUGUUCGGAACAUUGAUCAUCCGUGGGCCUAUAUUUGCUUGUCUGGCAAAGUUCUUCUUGGACGAGUUUGAAGCACUCCCGCGAAUCGGGGGGAGGAACUGGGGAGAUGAUGCGCUCCCAGAGCUGUCACCACAAGAGCAACGCCGGUUGGAGCGGCAGCAGAGAGAAGUAACGGAUGGGCUUGUGUGGAGUGCGGCGAACGUGCGAGGCUUCGUACUCGUCAAAUUUGCAAGUAGGGAGGUGGAAGGAUCGCGGAACUGGCUGAGAGACAUGCUGAAAGAAGAAGGUUCAUUGCUCCAUUCAUUUGGGGAGAGGGCCAUUAUCUGCCUGAAGUGA